AUGAUCCAGGCACAGGAAUCCCUGACGUUUGAUGAUGUGGCUGUGAACUUCACAUGGGAGGAGUGGCAGCUCCUGGCCCCUGCUCAGAAGAACCUGUACCGGGAUGUGAUGUUGGAGAACUAUAGGAACCUGGUGUCCUUGGGUUUUUACCCCAGGAGACCAGAUGUGCUCACCAAGUUGGAUCAAGGAAAACCAACAGGGACAGUGGAAGAUGACAUCCCCUUUCGAACCUGUUCAGAAAUCUGGAAACUUGAUGACUAUUUACCGGAGCACUUAAAAAAUGAAAUAAUGGAGAAUAGCCUAGAACAAUGGCAUAAACAUAACGCAUUUGAAAAUACUGUUCAUCAGAGCACAGCUCAUUCCGUGUUAAGACAAAAUCAUGAUAUGUGUGACUUACAUGGAAAAACUAUGAAACCAAAGUUAACUUUACGUAACCAGAACAGAAGCAAUGAAAUAAAGAACCCUGCAGAUCCUACUGGAGAUGGAAAAUCCUUUCUCCACACUAAUAAUGAACACUUUCAUACUAAAAUUAAAUCCCCUGAAAGCAAGAAACUCAUCAUUACUAAGUCCCAAUUCAGCAAGCAUCAGAAAACACAAAAAACAGAGAAGCCUCAUGUAUGCAGUGAAUGUGGGAAAGCCUUCAAGAGGAAGUCCUGCCUCACUGAUCAUCAGAUCAUUCAUACAGGAGAGAAACCCCACAGAUGUUGUCUCUGUGGGAAAGCGUUCAACAGAAAGUUCAUGCUCACUGAACACCAGAAAAUGCAUACGGGAGAAAAACCUUAUGAAUGCAAUGAAUGUGGCAAAGCCUUCCUCAAGAAAUCACGGCUCAAAAUACAUCAGAGAACACAUACUGGAGAGAAACCAUACAUUUGCAGUGAAUGUGGAAAAGGCUUUAUCCAGAAGGGAAACCUCAUUGUACAUCAGCGUAUCCAUACAGGAGAGAAACCUUAUAUAUGCAAUGAAUGUGGGAAAGGCUUCAUCCAGAAGACCUGUCUCAUAGCACAUCAAAGACAUCACACCGGAAAGAGUCCCUUUGUGUGCAGUGAAUGUGGAAAAUCCUGUUCCCAGAAGUCAGGUCUCAUUAAACACCAAAAAAUUCACACGGGAGAGAAACCUUUUGAAUGCAGUGAGUGUGGGAAAGCCUUUACCACAAAGGAAAAGCUCAUUGUCCAUCAGAGAACUCACACAGGUGAGAGACCCUACGUCUGCAAUGAGUGUGGAAAGGCUUUUGCCUACAUGUCUUGCCUUGUUAAACAUAAGAGAAUACACACAAGAGAGAUCUGUGGAGAUUCAGUCAAAGUGGAAAAUCCUCCCUCAGAGAGUCACAGCUUAUCACAGACUAGUGGUGCUGUGCAGGAGAAAGGCCUUGUUAAUACAGUGACUAUGCAAGUGCCUUCUGUGGCUUGUCAGACGCCAUUAAACAUCAGUGGACUCUUAGCAAAUAGCAAUGUGCUCAUAGUGGGACAGCCUGCAGCCAGAUGUGCACCCUUAGGAGAUAACAGGGGGUUUGCACAGGACAGAAACCUUAUGAAUACAGUGAAUGUGUUCGUGCCUUCUGUGGUCAAUUAUGUCUUAUUUUAUGUCACAGAAAACCAGUAG